GCUCCUCCUGACAUGAGACAAGCUAACAUAAAAACAGAAGAGCACCCCCCCCCCCCCGUCGAAUUUUAACGGUUAACUUACGGAAUCUUUUAAACUCUUUGAACAAUCGUUGCGUCGAAGUGGGUUGGAACUGAACUGAGGAGACGUUUCAGUUUGGAGGACGCACGCUGGGAUUUGCAAGAACGUCUCCGGCCGCACUGCGUUGCGACAACGAGAGCAUAUUGCUGCGGGGAAGCAAUUACGAGUACUUUUCGACUUGACUUACGUUUGACAGGCACGGUGAGCACAUGACAAGGGGAGUCUUUGAACCGCAUUGGAGUGAUGACACUUGGCAGUAAAGCGAAGUCGCGUUCACAGCGCUAGCUCGCAAGCUACUCGGCUAAGGUAGCAGGCUGCUAACUAAGCCUGUGUCGCCCUUUGCAUUCCCGGAGCAGAGGAGGGGCACCGGGCUUUUGGAGCAUUGCGGCUCUGCCUUGCAUUUUUUUAGGGGGGUGGGGGGCUUCAAACGGGAAUGGAGAAUCCCAAAUGUCUCAGGAGAAACCGUUAAACCGCAGCGAGAGGACCCUUUUCCAUUUUCGCGAAAUCUUGGAGCAGCGUCCUAACCAACUGACUCGGAGCAGCUGGGCUAUGUUAUUGGGACUGCCAUACUUUAGUCUUGUGGCCUACGGCGAUUUGGAACGUUAAAAUGGGGGAGCUGCUGCACCCCACGUCCAACCAAAAUGUGGAUCACGAGGCAACGAUGAUGAGUAAAUCGGCGAUUCAGCGACUCCCCCACAACUGAAAGUUUGUGAUUCAUAUUUUCGAAACCUAUUAUAGAAGGUGCGCGAACUUUUUCAGUGGCCCGUUUGAGCCCACUUCAUAUUUUGAGUCUGCCAACAUCAAACCCAAGUGGACUGUCCAACCAUGUCGGGAGAGGUGCGUUUGAAGAAGCUGGAGAAGCUGAUCUUGGACGGGCCCGCUGAUUCCAAUGGCCAGUGUCUGAGCGUGGAAACCCUGCUGGACGUCCUGGUGUGCCUCUACGAUGAGUGCAACAACUCUCCACUCAGAAGAGAGAAGAAUAUCCUGGAGUUUUUGGAUUGGGCAAAGCCCUUUACAUCCAAAGUGAAGCAGAUGCGGCUGCAUAAAGAGGACUUUGAAAUCCUCAAAGUGAUUGGACGAGGAGCUUUUGGAGAGGUAGCAGUUGUGAAGGUGAGAAAUACGGACAAAGUAUUUGCCAUGAAGAUUCUUAACAAGUGGGAGAUGCUGAAGCGAGCAGAGACUGCAUGCUUUCGGGAAGAGAGAGACGUGCUGGUAAAUGGAGACUCCCAAUGGAUUACCACCCUCCACUAUGCCUUCCAGGAUGACAACAAUUUGUACCUGGUCAUGGACUACUACGUGGGUGGUGAUCUGCUCACCCUGCUCAGUAAAUUCGAGGACCGGCUGCCCGAGGAUAUGGCCAGAUUCUACCUGGCUGAAAUGGUGCUUGCUAUCGACUCUAUUCACCAGCUUCACUACGUUCACAGGGAUAUUAAACCAGACAACAUCCUGUUGGAUAGGAAUGGCCAUAUCCGCUUGGCUGACUUUGGCUCAUGCCUCAAACUCAUGGAGGAUGGAACGGUCCAGUCCUCUGUGGCUGUAGGGACCCCAGACUAUAUUUCUCCAGAAAUCCUCCAGGCCAUGGAAGAUGGGAAGGGAAAGUACGGACCUGAGUGUGAUUGGUGGUCUCUGGGUGUCUGUAUGUAUGAAAUGCUGUAUGGAGAGACACCCUUCUAUGCAGAGUCCCUUGUGGAAACAUAUGGCAAAAUCAUGAACCACAAGGAGCGAUUCCAAUUCCCACAACAGAUAACAGAUUUAGUUUCAGAGGAAGCAAAAGAUCUCAUACGUCGGCUCAUUUGCAGUCGAGAGUACCGAAUAGGACAGAAUGGGAUUGAAGACUUCAAGCAGCAUCCAUUUUUCUCUGGCAUUGACUGGGACAAUAUUCGGCUGUGUGAGGCCCCUUACAUCCCUGAGGUCAGCAGUCCCACAGAUACCUCUAACUUUGAUGUGGAUGAUGAGUCUCUAAAAAACUCAGAGACCAUGCCCCCUCCCUCUCACACAGCCUUUUCUGGCCACCAUUUGCCCUUUGUCGGCUUCACUUACACCAGUAAAUGCACAAUCUCUGAUAGGGGUUGCCUUCAGCAGCUGUCAGUGGAAGCAGGCAAGGCGGUUCACCUACAACUGGACACAGAUGUCCAGCGCAGUCUUGAGGACAGCCUAGCCGUAGAGGCCUAUGAGAGGAGGAUUCACCGCUUGGAACAGGAGAAACUGGAGCUGAACCGCAAAGUUCAAGAUUUGAUCCAGACGGUUCAAGCACAUCAGCACCCAACUAGUGAAGGCCCUUUGAGUGCAAACAAGGAGGUGGAGAUCAGGAGUUUAAAGACUGAAAUUGACAUCCUGAAGAAACAAAUUGCUGACUCAGGCGAACUGGAAAAACAGUUUGAAGAUGUGACGAUGGCUCGUCGAGAACUAGAAGACUCAACGAAACAUAUUAAGAUGUUAGAGAAACAAAUAAAGACUCUCACAAGGGACAAGGAUGACCUGCUGAAGGACCUUGUGGAAUCCGAUGAAAAGAUUAAGUCGCAGUCAAAAGAUCUGAAAGAAGCUCAAACCCAGAGAAAACUGGCCAUGCACGAGUUUUCUGAACUAAACAAGGGGCUCUCAGACCUCAGGUCGGAAAAGCAGCAUCUCUCUCGCCAGCUGCGUGACAAGGUGGAGGAAAUGGAGAGUCAAAAUCAAAAAAUUGAGGCCUUGCGCCUUGAGGUGCGAAAAGCUGAGAAAGCCAGGAAAGAGAUGGAGACUCAAAUGGAGGAGCGCACGGCAGAGGCGCUUAAGGAGAGGAAGCUCAAAGAGCGUAAUGAGCAGUACAGCCAACAACUGGAGGAAGAGCUCAAAAGGCAAAAAGUGAAGCAAGUUGGCUCAUUUGCUGCCCCAGCAUCAUCUGACCAGUCCCAGGAAAUGGGACGUCUGCGAGGUGACCUGGAGAAGAAGACCCACCUAUAUGAGGAGGAACUGUCACGUCGGGAGGUACAACACAGCACUGAGUUGAAGGCUUUGCGUAAGGAGCUACGUGAUGCAGAAAGCCAGCACCUUGGUCUACAGAAAGAAAUCCUGAUGCUCAAAGACAAGCUGGAGAAGACUCGAAGAGAAAGUCAGAGUGAGCGGGACGAGUUUGAGACCGAUUACAAGCAAAAGUGUGAAAGGGAAAGAAUUCUGCUUACUGAAGAAAAUAAAAAGCUGUCCAAUGAAUUGGAUAAGAUGACGGGCAUGUUUGAGAAAGUGAGCAUUUCCAACCGGCAGCUUGAGGAUGAGAUGAGAGAGCUGGCUGACAAAAAGGAGAGUGUUGCUCACUGGGAGGCGCAGAUCACAGAAAUCAUCCAAUGGGUGAGUGAUGAAAAGGAUGCUCGCGGCUACCUGCAGGCUUUGGCCACCAAGAUGACAGAAGAGCUGGAGGGCCUGAGAAAUACCAGUCUGGGAGCGAGAGCCACGGACAUGCCUUGGAAGAUGCGUCGCUUUGCCAAGUUGGACAUGUCUGCCCGCCUGGAGCUGCAAUCCGCCUUAGACGCUGAGAUCAGGGCCAAACAGAGCAUUCAAGAUGAGCUGAAUAAGGUCAAGGCCAACAACAUCUCCACAGAAUGUAAACUGCAAGAUGUAGAGAGUAGAAAUCGGGAGCUCCUGGCUGAGAUUGACAGGCUGAAGAAAGAGAGUGAGGAGCUGCGGCUACGUAGAGGUGUGAAGCACCAGGAUUCACAGAAUUCUUUCUUGGCUUUUCUCAAUGCCCCCACCUCAACGCUUGACCAGUUCGAUCGCUCGCCAUCCAUUGGCCCAGCUAGCAAAGGCAGACGCGUGGACUCAAUGGAUAAUUUCACAUCCUCCAACACUACGUCGCGAGAAGACGAUCAAAAGUCCCACCUCAAAACCCGCUCACGUUCACCCUCCAUGGCCAGUGAUAUGGAGCCCAUAGUGUUGAUAGAUCAUUCACAUCGUACAGUCCAGACCCCUACUAUGCGCUCAGGAGGGUAUGGCAGUAUUGGUCGCUCCUCCCCUAAGCCAAAAGCACAUCAGUUUGUCGUGAAGUCAUUCAGCACACCAACUAAAUGUAACCAGUGCACUUCCCUCAUGGUGGGACUCAUACGCCAAGGUUGCACUUGUGAAGUGUGCAACUUCUCGUGCCAUGUAACAUGUGCAGACAAGGCUCCAGCAGUAUGUCCCGUUCCACAGGAUCAGACCAAAGGCCCACUUGGCAUUGACCCUCAGAGGGGUAUUGGUACUGCAUAUGAAGGGCAUGUCAGGGUGCCUAAACCAACGGGAGUAAAGAAGGGCUGGCAGAGGGCAAUGGCAGUGGUGUGCGACUUCAAACUGUUUCUCUAUGAGCUAGGGGAAGGAAAGACAACACAGCAGAGUGUAAUUGUGAGCCAAGUCAUAGAUAUGAGGGACGAGGAAUUCUCAGUCAGCUCUGUUUUGGCCUCUGAUGUCAUCCACGCCAGCCGCAAAGACAUCCCCUGUAUAUUCAGAGUAACAGCGUCCCAGCUCUCUCCCACUAGCAGCCAUAAGCCAUCUAUCUUGAUUCUAGCUGACAGUGACCAGGAGAGAAACAAGUGGGUGGGUCUUCUCAAUGAGCUUCAUCGCAUCCUCAAGAAGAACAAGCUCAAGGAGCGCUUUGUCUACGUUCCCAAGGAGGCUUACGAUAGCACGCUGCCACUCAUUAAGACAGCACAGUCUGCUGCUAUCAUUGAUCAUGAACGUGUUGCCCUGGGCAAUGAAGAAGGCCUCUUUGUCAUUCAUGUCACCAAAGAUGAAAUCAUUCGGGUGGGCGACAAUAAGAAGGUGCACCACAUCGACCUGAUCCCACAGGAGCAGCUGCUGGCUGUCAUCUCGGGAAGGAACCGCCACGUUCGACUUUUUCCUUCGCAGGCCCUGGAUGGCCGUGAGAUCGACUCGUACAAGCUUGGCGAGACAAAAGGCUGUCAGACCAUCGUCUCUGGGCCUGUCCGAAACGGCUCUCUCACUUGUCUCUGUGUGGCCAUGAAGAGGCAAAUCAUGUGUUAUGAGGUGAACAAGAGCAAAGCCCGCCACCGUCGGCUGCGUGAGCUGCAGGCUCCAGGUCUUGUCCAAUGGAUGGGUCUGCUAAAUGAGCGACUCUAUGUGGGUUACCAGUCUGGCUUCACCCGCUACAGUGUCCACGGAGACGUUUCUCCAAUUAGCCUGCUCCACUCUGAGGAUCACACCCUCGCGUUUAUCCCUCAGCAGAACCUUGAUGCCCUUUGUGCUGUGGAGAUUUCAAGCAAGGAGUUAUUGCUGUGCUUCAGUGCCAUCGGCGUGUAUGUGGACUCUCAGGGUCGCAGGUCACGCCAGCAGGAGCUCAUGUGGCCUGCUGUGCCAAACAGCGCCUGCUACAAUGCCCCUUACCUUUCAGUGUAUAGUGAGAAUGCAAUUGAUGUGUUUGAUGUCAAUACCAUGGAGUGGAUUCAGACCAUCCCGCUAAAGAAGGUACGACCUUUGAAUGUUGAUGGCUCUCUGAACCUACUGGGACUGGAAACGGUGCGACUCAUCUACUUUAGAAACAAAACAGCUGAGGGCGACGAGCUGGUCGUCCCGGAGACGUCAGACAACAGCAGGAAGCAGAUGGUACGCAGCAUGAACAAUAAGAGGCGCUUCUCCUUCAGGGUGCCAGAGGAAGAGCGACUUCAACAGAGGAGAGAAAUGCUGCGGGAUCCAGAAAUGAGGAACAAGCUGAUCUCCAACCCUACAAACUUUAACCACGUUGCUCACAUGGGACCAGGAGACGGGAUCCAGAUCCUCAAAGACCUGCCCAUGAAUGUCCGCAAUCAAGAGAGCCGCGCAGGCUUCAGCGGUUCAGUCAGCAUCCCUUCCAUCACCAAGAACAGGGCCGAGCCGGGCCGCUCCAUGAGCGCCAGCAGCGGGCUGGGCAUUCGCUCGUCCUCCCAGAACGGCAGCGCCCUGCGUCGGGAGCUGUCGGGCGGGAGCUACGGAUCCAAGCGUCAGGCCAUGACGUCGCCCUCUGAGAGCUCGCUGUCCUCAGGUGGGGGGAUGGACUGCGGGGACGCGCCUCUCUCCCAGUUUGACAGAGAGUGGCAGGCAGUUUCGCCGUCGGAGAAGACACCCGAUCUGAAAAGGGCUUUAAGGACCUUGCUUAGUAAGAUGAAGGACUCUGACUCCCCGCGUCACUCGACGGCCUCCAACAGUUCCACCUUCAGCAGCCCCCCAAGUCCGGCCUCACCUCACAAGACCAAGUCUUUGUCCUUGGAGAGCACUGACCGCAUGGGCUGGGACACAUGAGCCGGCUGGCCUGCCCGCCCACACCAGCCCACCAACCCAGCGACAGCACACGACUCCCAAUCUUCGUAUUCGCCCCCACCCCCAACCCCCAAAAAAACCCCGCCUAUGCCCACACAACCAUACCUCCCUCCUUUCCUCAGUGCGGAACCACACAGGUGUUUUUUUGGAGGGAGAAGUGGUGUCCGGAUCAAACACCCCCUUCUCUUUUUAGCGUCGGCCGACCCAACCCUACCUGCCACAUUCAGAUGCAAAGAUGGGGGGGGGGAUAAAAAAUUGUACUUGUACAUAGGAGCCUUUUGGGUAUUAGGGGGACAAUAUUUUAAUUUAUUUAUCAAUACUUAAAGUAGAAGCAUUAGGUUUGCUUGGUGGCCUGAAGCAGACGGGACAACCCCCCACCACCCCCACAACCGAGCUGCAGACUUCGCGAACACUAAACUUCCCACUCAUAACAGUAGCGACUUUAUGAUCCGUUUUCAUUCCGAAAUACAACGAGACAUCACUCAUCCUCAUUGGUCCGGUGUAACGGACAUUCCAACCACCACAGUAAUGUACAUAGCUUCAAAGUAGAGAGUAAUAUAUGAUAAGGAAAUACUAUCAAGAACUACACGGGGAAAUAUACUUUUAUUUUCCUUAUUUUAUUCUCAAGUGAUUUGGGGUUUUAUUCAUUCAAUCCAUUUUAAAACUUUUCUUUUAUCAAUUGAGUUGUAAUUUUCCUUUUUUUUAAUGAUCCUCCCCCCCCCCUGCUCUGCAUUUGGAUUUGCAUUUGAGUGAAAAUUUGGAUGAAUAUGCGUACACAUUGAGGUGAUGUUAAUGCAGCCAAAUGCAGUUGCAAGGUUCGUGAAUUUUGCUUUGGUAAUCAAGAAAAGGUAGCAUAAAAAAAGAGGGCAACAAUUGCCUUUGCUUCUAUUGAACAAUGUUGUUUUGAUCAUCUGCUCAUGUACGAGAAAAAAAAAUGUGGUGGAAAAAUGAAUGUCAACACUGAGGGACUGAACGCUUUAUUGUUUAAUAACUUAUGCCUAUCCCCCCCCCCUCCCCAACAACCCAA